AUGGACUCUUUUGAUAACUGCGAUUUCAGUAAGCUACUUCAUGCAUCUGUGCUAAAAGCAAUGCAAGCAAUGUUCUGGCGCCAAAAGUUAGAAUUACGUAACUACAUCUGCCGAGAUGGUAACUGUAAACUCGAAUUUGAACCAAUCAGAGACGAAUGGAUUGCUAUCAACGACAAUGGAUGCUACCAGGAGUACGAAGCGGAGCUUGAAGAAAUUGUCGAGUUCUGCCCACUUCAAUGCAGUGAAGCCAGCCAGGCUUCAAUAAUCGAACAAAUCCCACAUAGCGAUGGUUGUGUUGUGGGAAGUACCGUGAGCGUAGUCCAGCGACGAAAUGAUUGGUUCCUUUGGAGAGGUGAAGAUUGUCAGCCGGAAGCUACUGUCUUCAAAAUUGGAUGCACAUUCCCGAAGAAAUUCCCUAAAAAGGAAGAAAAACUACCAAUGGCUAAGUCGCCGAAAGCUCGGGAACGUAAAAUCGAGCAAGAGGGUGAAUUGAAACUGGUACCCGCAGCCAAUAUGCGAGUGGAAAAUGCCGUUGAAUUAGAGAAAGCCGAAACAACAACAAUAGCAAAACCACAAAAAGUAAAAAAUGAUGAUGAUAACCUACCAAAUGAGGUCGAUCUGUUAUUGAAAGCGAUGUUCCCAGGAUAUAGAAACUGA